UAACUGUCCAAAUCCCACCAUCCCCCACUCCACUCCGCUCCCCACAGGUGCUCUAUAAAAUUCAGCUUCACGAGACCACAUUACUGUCUUUGAUACCCCCCACCCCCAACCCAAACAACAUCACACUCACAAUGUCAUCCACAACUCCAUUAGUUUUUCUAAUUCUAAUAGUGAACCACCACCAUAAUUGGGUUGCUGCUGACUCUAGCAGCCCAAUAAAGACGGUGGUGGUUCUAGUAAUGGAGAACAGGUCAUUCGACCACAUGUUAGGAUGGAUGAAGAAGUUGAACCCGAAAAUCAAUGGGGUAGACGGAUCAGAAUCCAACCCGAUUUCAACGAGUGACCUGAAUUCCCGAAAGAUUUUCUUCAGGGACGGGUCACAUUAUGUUGAUCCAGAUCCGGGACAUUCAUUUCAAGCAAUAAGAGAGCAAAUAUUUGGGUCAAAUGAUAGUACAAGAAAACCAGCAAUGAAUGGAUUUGUUCAACAAGCUCUUUCUAUGGAUUCUAAUAUGCCUGAUCAGGUCAUGAAUGGUUUCCAACCCGAUAUGGUGGCUGUAUACAAAACACUAGUAUCGGAAUUUGCGGUAUUCGACCGAUGGUUUGCGUCGGUGCCCGCAUCGACUCAACCCAAUCGUCUCUACGUUCACUCAGCCACAUCUCACGGUGCUACAUCAAACAUUGCAUCGCUAUUAGCAAAAGGUUAUCCACAGAGAACGAUCUUUGAGAACUUAGAUGAUGCCGGAAUAGAUUUUGGAAUAUACUAUCAGAAUAUUCCUGCGACUCUGUUUUACUUGAAUUUGAGAAAGCUCAAGUAUGUAGGAAAGUUUCAUCCUUAUGAUAUCACAUUCAAAAAUGAUGCCAGAUCAGGAAAGUUACCAGGAUAUGUUGUGGUGGAGCAGCGAUACAUGGACUCAAAGUUACAACCGGCUAACGAUGAUCACCCAUCUCACGAUGUGUAUCAAGGCCAGAUGUUUGUAAAGGAGGUGUACGAAACUCUUAGGGCUAGCCCACAGUGGAACCAAACCCUUUUUGUGAUUACGUAUGAUGAGCAUGGUGGGUUCUUUGAUCAUGUCCCUACACCUGUCAGUGGGGUCCCUAGCCCUGAUGGAAUUGUUGGACCUGAACCGUUCGAUUUCAAGUUUGAUAGAUUGGGUGUUAGAGUUCCUACCAUUAUGAUCUCUCCUUGGAUUGAAAAAGGCACAGUUGUUCAUGGUCCUAAUGGCUCUCCAUUUCCGACUUCCGAAUAUGAACAUUCAUCUAUUCCGGCAACGGUGAAGAAGAUCUUUGAUUUGCCAUCACCUUUUCUUACUAAAAGGGAUGCAUGGGCCGGCACUUUUGAACACAUUUUACAAAUUAGGAAGGAGCCCAGAACUGACUCUCCUGAAAAACUUCCAAGUCCAACAAAGAUCAAAAAAAGAGAAGCAAAUGAAGAUGCAAACAUAAGCGAAUUCCAGCAAGAACUAGUUCAACUCGCCGCGGUUCUAAAAGGAGAUCAUCUCUUAACAAGCUAUCCAGAAAAAAUAGGCAAAGGCAUGAAUGUAAGACAAGGGAAAGCUUAUAUGGAAGACGCUGUAAAACGCUUCUUUGAAGCUGGAGUUGCUGCCAAGAAAAUUGGUGUUGAUGAAGAACAGAUUGUGCAAAUGAGACCUUCUCUUACUACAAGAUCAUCGACUAAUUUGCACCCUUAAUAAAUAUAUACGGAAUCAAAGACAAUGUACAAAUAUAUCAAUACUCAAAUAUGGUGAUGUUGAUAACAUGUUAUGAUAUAAUUAUAUGUCACAAAAGUUGCACUAUGUCACUCUUGUUACAAUUACAAGUGUUCAAAGUAUCCGAUGGAGAAUAUUUUAUUCAUAAACUCAAA